GAGCUGUUGCAGCAGCGCUGAGAGGACCAGCCAUUUUACUUAUGGAAAGCAGUGUGGCAUAGAGCUUCACGGUGGAAGAAGCAUUUUUUUUUUUUUAAAUCUCUUGAACCACAAUGGGCAUGCUAAUGCACAAUCAUUGCAGCCACGUGUGCCUGCAAGCUGCCCCUGCGACAAGCUGUUGACUGCUGUUGCAAUUAGCUGAUUGGAGAACGGGGAAUGCAGGGUGAUAAUGCCGCGUAUCAGCUCGCGGGCAGCAGCAGGAAAGGGUUUUGUCUCGGGAAGGCAAGCCUUCACCGCACAGUUAUCUCAGCAGCUCCCCAACUGAGAGAACCGGGGCUCUGAAAAGAGGGUGCCUCCCUCUGCUAGCACAGGUCCUGUGCGAGGCUGGGCUCGCAGGUCUGGGAAAGCAGGUGUGUGCUCGGAUGGGCACUGGGCUGGAACGCAGGCAGCCGCUCUCGGGUUCACCUGCUUCCUGUGAACAGACUGUUAGCUCCAAGCUUCUGCUCCCUCUCCGGCACGCUGAAGCUGAGUCUGAGAAAGGGGCUCCGGGCAUCUCACUUGACUGACGAAGACACUUGGAUUGGACUUAAUCUUAAACCUCUGGAGGUCAAGACCUUUUUUAAAAAGGGCUAAAUAAACAAUCUCUACACGGAAAAAGGCCACUGACUCCUGCUUCCUCUGCUGGAGCAACCGUGAAGUUCAGCCUCUUCAAGAGCCAGCCUAGGACAGACUCAUAUACCCUUCUGAUCUGGGUGCAUUUCUUCAGAAGGAAAACUGAAGACUUUAAUAACAAACCCUUCCAGGUGAAAAUGAAUACAGAUAGCGGUGGGUGUGCUCGCAAGCGUGCGGCCAUGUCUGUCACAUUAACAUCUGUGAAGAGAGUUCAAAGUUCGCCAAACCUGUUGGCUGCAGGGCGUGAUUCUCAGUCUCCAGACUCAGCGUGGAGAUCUUACAGUGAUGGAAAUCCAGAGACACUGAACGGAGAUACCGCAUAUUCCUCUCUUGCAGCAAAAGGUUUUAGAAGCGUCCGACCAAACCUGCAAGACAAAAGAUCACCAACCCAGAGCCAGAUAACCAUCAAUGGCAACUCUGGUGGUGCUGUGAGUCCAGUCAGUUACUAUCAAAGGCCAUUCUCCCCUUCCGCGUACUCCCUUCCAGCCUCACUCAACUCCAGCCUUAUCAUGCAGCAUGGCAGAUCGCUUGAUUCUGCAGAGACCUAUUCCCAGCAUGCCCAGUCUCUGGACGGCACCAUGGGAGGCUCCAUCCCACUCUACAGAUCCUCAGAGGAAGAAAAGAGAGUGACAGUUAUCAAAGCCCCGCAUUACCCAGGGAUCGGCCCCGUGGAUGAGUCCGGCAUCCCCACAGCCAUUAGAACGACAGUCGACCGGCCGAAGGACUGGUACAAGACAAUGUUUAAGCAAAUUCAUAUGGUCCACAAGCCGGAUGAGGACACAGACAUGUAUAAUACUCCUUACACAUACAACGCAGGUCUGUACAACUCACCCUACAGCGCUCAGUCACACCCUGCUGCGAAGACCCAGACGUACAGACCCCUUUCCAAAAGUCACUCGGACAACGGCACAGACGGUUUCAAGGAGAUGCCCUCCCCAGUGCCUCCCCCACAUGUCCCACCACGACCAAGAGAUCAAUCUUCGACCGAAAAGCAUGACUGGGACCCUCCAGACAGAAAAGUGGACACCAGAAAAUUCCGAUCAGAGCCAAGGAGCAUUUUUGAAUAUGAACCUGGGAAGUCAUCCAUUCUGCAGCAUGAAAGACCCCCCCCUGUCCCACCAACUCCGACACCUGUUCCCAGGGAACCCAGCCGGAAGCCUCUCUCUGUGUCACCCUCAACAGAUGGCCUGCGUAGCCCUUCCCCUCCACCCCGGAGCUGUGUCCCCGCACCCCGUCAGAGUCCGAGCGCCCCAGCUCUCUCUCCCACCCGGACUGGUCGCAUAAAUCCAGAUGACAUAGACUUAGAAAAUGAACCCUGGUAUAAAUUCUUUUCAGAACUGGAGUUUGGACGCCCGCCUCCUAAAAAGGCUCUGGAUUAUGUUCAAGAUCAUUCUUCCGGUGUUCCCAACGAGGCCUCCAUCUAUCAGCCCUCCAUUGACAGAAGCCUAGAAAGACCUAGCAGUUCCGCGAGCAUGGCUGGGGACUUUCGGAAGCGGAGGAAGAGUGAACCUGCAGUGGGUCCACCCAGAGGCCUGGGGGAGCAGAGUGUGAGCAGGACCAGCCCAAGCCGGGCGGACCUCCCAGGAUCAAGCUCCACAUUUACGAAGUCUUUCAUUAGCUCGUCUCCUUCCUCUCCCUCAAGAGCCCAAGGUGGGGACGAUAGCAAAAUGUGUUCAUCCCUUUGCAGUCACUUGGGGCUCAAUGGCGCCCCCUCUGGUGAGUUAGAGUACUGUAGCGCUUAUAGACAGCAUUUGGAUGUCCCCCGGGACUCUCAAAGGGCCAUCACCUUCAAGAAUGGCUGGCAAAUGGCCCGGCAAAAUGCGGAGAUCUGGAGCAGCACGGAAGAGACCGUGUCCCCCAAAAUCAAAUCGCGUAGCUGCGAUGAUCUCCUGAAUGACGAUUGCGACAGCUUCCCAGACCCUAAAGCCAAGUCAGAAAGUAUGGGUUCUCUGUUAUGCGAGGAAGACUCCAAAGAGAGCUGCCCCAUGGCGUGGACUUCCCCCUAUAUCCAGGAAGUGUGUGUUAACGGCAGAUCCAGAAUCAAACACAGGUCAGCCCAUAAUGCCCCGGGGUUCCUCAAAAUGUACAAGAAGAUGCAUCGCAUCAACCGCAAGGAUUUGAUGAAUUCGGAGGUAAUUUGCUCCGUGAAGUCCAGGAUACUGCAGUACGAAAACGAGCAGCAGCAUAGGGGUCUGCUCCAUGGUUGGAGCCAGUCUUCCACCGAGGAGGUGCCCAGGGACAUGGUACCCACCCGCAUUUCGGAAUUUGAAAAGCUGAUACAGAAGUCCAAAUCCAUGCCCAAUCUAGGGGAUGAGAUGUUGUCUCCCAUCACCCUAGAACCCCAACAAAACGGCCUGUGUCCCAAGAGACGAUUUUCUAUUGAGUCUCUGCUGGAAGAAGAAACUCAGGGUAGACAGCCUUCUCAGGGUCAGCGAAACUGCAAGUCUAAAACCCUGGUGCCCAUCCACAUCGAAGUCACCAGCGACGAGCAACCCAGAGCUCACAUAGAGUUUUCCGACAGUGACCAAGAUGGAGUUGUGUCUGACCACAGCGACUACAUUCACGUAGAAGGGUCAUCCUUUUGCAGCGAAAGCGAUUUCGACCAUUACUCCUUUACAUCCUCGGAAAGCUUCUAUGGUUCCAGCCAUCACCACCACCACCAUCACCACCACCAUCACCGGCACCUCAUCAGCUCCUGCAAAGGCCGCUGUCCAGCCUCUUACACUCGGUUUACCACAAUGCUAAAACAUGAACGAGCUAAGCAUGAGAACACGGACCCACCCAGGAGGCAAGAAAUGGACCCCGGCCUGUCUAAACUUGCAUUUCUAGUCAGCCCCGUGCCUUUCCGAAGGAAAAAGAUUUUGACUCCCAAAAAACAGACUGAACAGGCAAAAUGCAAAGCCUCCGUAGUCGAGGCUCUGGACUCUGCCCUUAAGGACAUCUGUGACCAAAUAAAGGCUGAAAAAAGGAGGGGGAGCCUGCCAGACAACAGCAUACUGCAUAGGCUUAUCAGCGAGCUGUUGCCAGAGAUCCCGGAGAGGAAUUCAUCCCUUAAUGCUCUAAAACGGAGCCCUGUGCACCAGCCUUUCCACCCACUGCCUCAAGAUGGUGCUAUUCAUUGUCCACUGUACCAAAACGACUGUGGGAGGAUGUCUCACAGUGCCUCUUUCCCAGACGUGGACGCAACCAACAACAGCUACCAUGCCCAGGAUUACGGUAGUGAGCUGAGUUUCCGAGACCAUGAGUCCCCUAGAAGUUACUCAUCUACUUUGACUGACCUGGGAAGAAGUGUAUCACGGGAACGAAGAGGAACUCCAGAAAAAGAGAAAUUGCCUGCAAAAGCCGUCUAUGAUUUCAAAGCUCAGACAUCUAAGGAGCUAUCAUUUAAGAAAGGAGAUACUGUCUACAUCCUCAGGAAAAUUGACCAGAACUGGUACGAGGGGGAGCACCACGGGAGAGUGGGCAUUUUCCCAAUCUCAUACGUAGAGAAACUGACUCCUCCAGAGAAAGCACAGCCCGCUAGACCACCACCCCCAGUCCAGCCUGGAGAGAUUGGAGAAGCCAUAGCCAAAUACAACUUCAAUGCAGACACAAACGUGGAGCUCUCCCUGCGAAAGGGCGAUAGGAUUAUUCUUCUUAAAAGAGUUGAUCAAAACUGGUAUGAAGGCAAGAUCCCAGGAAGCAACAGGCAAGGCAUCUUCCCUGUUUCCUAUGUAGAAAUCAUCAAGAAGAACGCACAAGGUGCCGACGACUACCCCGACCCUCCCAUACCCCACAGCUACUCUAGCGAUAGAGUCCACAGCCUAAGCUCCAACAAGUUGGCUUCCAGUGAACAGACCUGUCUUCCUGUAUUUAAUGCUCUGCCCAGCAUAGAGAAAGAAGACCUACAGGGAACUGCCCAAGAGUGGCUAUCCCUGACAGACUGGUGUCCGCCAGCAAACCCAUUGGCUCCAACACCAUCCUCUGUCCUCGACAACUUCUUGGUUGAAUUAGCGAAGUUUAGCGCUUUAACCUUAUCAUCUGACCAGGCCAAACCGAACAUUCCAGACCAGGUCAUCCUUGAAAUUAAGGAGGAGCCCUCUAACCUCCCCCUCUCACUACCUCCAGCAUCUCUACCAGUCAAAUCACCUCACUGUCUCUCACCUUCUCCUCGCUCGAGUAUCACGUCAGCUGGGGCCCAGCCUGAUGACACAGUGUCUCUUCAGGAUUCCAGGAUGGACACACAAAGCAAAUUCAUAGAUUUGAAUAAAAAGAGAAGGAGCAUUUCAGACCCUGCCAAAAUUCUUGAAGUCCUAGGUGAUAAAUUUGUGGCCUCUGCAUGCAGCAAUGUGGGUGCCUUGGCUAUAACUCUUCCUGUCAUUGGAGAGGAGGAUGAGGACAUCUGGGAGGGGCUCGCAUACCAGAGAAGGCUGCCGGGAGCCCAAGAGCAAGCUAUCAUGUGGUAUGACCACAACAAUGCAGAGGAGACACCGCAACUGCACAUCAAGGAGGAAGAAGAAGAGGAAGACCCUGACUGCUUAAAAUAUUCAGUAGGCAUUUGCACACACCCUAGGACCCCCAAAGAAGACUUCAAGGCAGCAAAAACCAGUAGUGAGCCACCUCCAUUUGCUUCGGGAGUUGGAACUGCCACGCCUUUCCCCAGCUGUCUGUCUCCCUCCCCUCCAUGUCACUCUUCUCUGGCCUCUGUCUCUGACCUGGCCUGUGAGGGCUUUCAGCCCACCCAGGCCACCUCACCUCCUCUCCUUCCCAAAUACCCUCAUCAACAGGAGAUAAGUUCACCAGAACCAAAGGCUGAUUUAAAAAGCAAGACAUUUGUCCUGGGUAAGCCGCCUCGUAGCCCAGUGAUGUCUAAGAGGUCCUGCAGUUCACCCGUCAGCAGCUCCCACAGGCCACAUCGUUCUGUGUUCACUCAUGACAACAUUCAAGGUCAGGGGGAACCGUUUCAGGCUCUGUAUAACUAUACUCCUAGGAAUGAAGACGAGCUGGAGCUCAGAGAGAGCGAUGUCGUGGAUGUCAUGGAGAAGUGUGAUGACGGAUGGUUUGUGGGAACUUCGAGAAGAACCAAAUUCUUUGGGACUUUUCCCGGAAACUAUGUCAAGAGGCUGUGAACCGCCUUCUUCCUCAUUUACUCUGCAUUUCAGUCACACAUCCGCACAACUCACCUGGAACAUCCCAGCAGGCCUGCCGCUGUCAUGCCUUAUGGUUUCCCAAAGGCCAUUGCCAUCUCCACCUGCCGCCACCAAAUCACCAGCAGCAACUACUGCUGUGAGCCUUAGGGAGGCUGGGCGCUUAUAGGGAAAUGUGGCAAAACUUACACCCGCAUCAAUGCGGUUUCCUGCUUUCUGCCCUGAACUUUAAAAAUCUCUGUGUAUGGAAUCAGAAUGAAAGUCAUCAUAAUUAAAAAGAGUGGAAGAGUUAAGGCAGGAAAAAAAGAGGAGAGGAAGAAAGAAAGAAAGAAAGAAAGAAAGAAAGAAAGAAAGAAAGAAAGAAAGAAAGAAAGAAAGAAA